AUGGACUCCCUGGAACACUAUGUUACUGCUCAGCUAAAGGUAUUCUGUUGUAGGCAUUUACGAAUACGAACCAUCAAAGAGUAUCAACGGCAUUCACUCGAAACCAUCUAUCAAGAACCAUCGAUCCUUCAGCUCUUCAAACCAGUGCUUCUAGCUCUGAGCGACACAAAUUUUGCCACCAGUUUCACCAAUAAGCUGCAUAGUUUGAAUACAAGAAAUUUCCCCGCAAAUGUGCCUCAAAAGGUUUCCUUUCACGGUCGGAAUUGGGAAACAAACCCAUUCUUAAGCAUCAUAACAAGACAUGCCAGAGACCUAACCGCACAAUCUUUGCAGCCUCAGUUUAUAAUGUCUCUUCCGCUAUGCCAGCAACAGCUCUCCUGCAGUCUCACUAACAGACUCACAGAAUACACUCCCCAGAUUCUCCCCGAUUGUGGUUCCUGCUCUGCCACUUGGAAGUACACACCAGCUGGGGUUGGAGAAUGGCUUGGCUUGUUAUGGAUGGAGAAAAAGCCUGAAGAGAAGCUUCUCCCUCCACCUGCAGAUUUACCCAAAUGCUGA